AUGUUCUCCAGGACUGCCUCUAGACUGUUUCGAACAUCUAGAUUUCACCCAUAUUCCACCAUGUCAUCCAACAUUACCCUAUACUCCUGGCCUACGCCGAAUGGCAUCAAAGCCUCCAUCACCCUCGAAGAGCUCGGUCUACCGUACAAGGUGGAAGGAAUUGAUAUCAGCACCAAUCGUCAGAAGGAGGAAUGGUUCUUGAAAAUCAAUCCCAACGGUCGCAUCCCUGCCAUUCUCGAUGGCUCUCAGCGCGUUUUCGAGAGCGGAGCAGUCAUGCAAUAUCUUGUCGACAAGUACGAUACCGAUCGGAAAAUCAGUUAUGCUCCUGGUACACCGGAGCAUGCUGAACAAACCUCCUGGUUGAUGUUUCAGAUGGGAGGCCUGGGUCCUAUGCAAGGCCAAGCUAAUCAUUUCCGUCUAUUCGGUGGCGCGCGUUCGGACUACGGCAUCAAACGAUACAUUGAUGAGACUAAGCGACUCUUUUCGGUCCUUGAAUCCCGUCUGAAAGAAAGUCCAUACCUGGCUGGCACUCAGUACACCAUUGCGGACAUCGCAAGUUUCUCAUGGGUUCGCGCGGCGCCGAUCACCUUGGAGAUUGAUCUUUCUGAAUAUCCUGCCCUCAAGCAGUGGGUCGAAAAGAUUGAUCAACGUGUUGCGGUUCAGAAGGGGGUUGAUAUUCCGCAGACGAAUAAGUCUCAAGAGGAAAAGGCCGAGAUGUUCCGCAAUCUUCGUGCCAAGAUUGAUGGCAUGACCAACACGGACAAGCAUUAG